UCGAAAACUUUUCAAUGAGCAACAAACUGUCUUCAUAAGAAGGGGAGGCACAUUAUGAGUGGUGCGAUGAUCUUACAUGAACCCAAAAGAAGAAAAGAGACUAGGACUGUACUCAAACUUGAUUUUGAAAGAAACAUAUGAUCAAGUCAACUAAGAUUUUAUGUUUCAUUGUUUUUAGGAAAAAAAGGCUUUUGCAAAAAAAAAUGUCCUUAACGCGUAUGGUUGUUAAAGAGGGCACCGCCAGUAUUAAGAUCAAUAAUCAAAUUGCUAGAUACAUAAAAAGAUGUAAAAGAGUUAGACAUGGUGAUCCUCUAUCACCUACCUAUCCAAUUUUGUUGGUGACAGCUUGGCUAGAAUGUUUGUCAAAUGUCACGAAAACAAUGCUAAAUGGACUUGGUAAACAUAAUAUUCUCUUGAAACGAUGAUCUGGAAUGAUUUCUAGUCAGAUUUUUUGUGUAAUUUAUAUAAGUUUUGAUGAGUUGGAAUGAUUUAUGGCUGGAAUACACCACAAACUAACAAGGUGUAAAUAAUUUGGGAUUUUGUAAAGUCAGAUCCAACGGUGAGAACCCAACCGGCAUCAAGGGGCCUACUGGUCGGCGAGACAAAAUCCUGAGACGCUUAAACCCCAUGGCGCCACUGGCCCGUGUUCUCCACUGAUGGUGGACACCUCCACCUCCCCCCAUUCCGCCGCCGGCGGCGGCACCAUCAUCGACGACCUCCACGGCUUCCUCCGCCACCGUCUACGCACCCACUCCUCCGUCCUCUGCGCCCACGCCUUCCUCUUCCGCCGUGGCCUCCUCCUCGGCCACCCCGUCCCCGCCGGCCUCCUCCUCACCGCCUCCGCCUGCUCCGCCGCCUCGCCGCCCGCUCACAUCCUCCGCCUCCUUCGCCACCUACCUCCUCCCCUGCCGCUCUUCUCCCUCGAUGCUGCACUCCGCGCCCUAGGCCCUCGCAUCCCUUUCUCCGCCCUCCUCUCCCUCUUCGCGGCCCUCCUCCGCUCCCACCACCCGCUAUUCCCCGACCACUUCUCCUUCCCGCCUCUCCUCUCUGCUGCCGCCUCCUCCACCUCUCCGCGGCUCCACUUCCGCUCCGCGCUCGCUCUCCACGGGCAGCUCCUCCGCCGCGGCCUCCUCUUCUCUUCGCCGCCCCACGCCGCCAACGCCCUCUUCCACUUUUAUGCCACUGCCGGCGGCAUCUUGUCCGCCCGCUACCUGUUCGACGAAAUGCCAUUCAGGGACAUCGCGUCCUGCAACACCCUGAUGACGGCCUUAGCCAGAACACCCAGUGGCUUGGAUGCCGCACGCCAGGUUUUUGAGGGAAUGCACUUGAGAAAUGUGGUGUCAUGGAACGUCAUGAUUAACGGAUACGUCAAGGCGAAGCAGCCUGAGCAGGCACUGGAGGUGGUCCGGUGGAUGGCAGAGGUAGGAGUUAGGGGAACGGCAAUAACCAUGGUUGGGGCAGCCACAUCAUGUGCUAGGCUGGGGAGGUUGGGGGCUGGGAGGGAGGUGCACUGUGCGUUUUUGCGCCGUUUUGAGGAUGAUAACCUGUUGGUUUGGACUGCAUUGAUUGAUAUGUAUGGCAAGUGUCGGAGGGCUGGGAUUGCGAGGAAGGUGUUUGAUCAGCUCAGAAUGAGGAACCUGGUAUGCUGGAACGCGAUGAUCAUAGGGCACUGUGUGUAUGGUGAGCCUGUUGAUGGGAUCAAACUGUUCCAGCAUAUGAUUGCACUAGGGAAUGUGCAGCCAGAUGGAGUCACUUUCAUUGGUGUUCUCUGCGCCUGUGCCCGUUUAGGCCUCUUGGAGGAUGGAAAGGCAUAUUUUGAGCAGAUGAACACCACAUACAACUUCAAGCCGACAUUUUCGCACUACUGGUGCAUGGCUAAUCUGUAUGGGAGUGUUGGGCUUCUGGAAGAAGCCGAGGGCCUCUUACAGAAUAUACCAGAGGAUCUGAAGGCACGCGCAUUGGGUGGUUUGCUUGGGCUGUGUCGGUUCCGGAGGGAUUGGAGACUUGGGGAACGUAUAGCUCUCAGGUUGAUUGAGCUUGAACCAAGUAACAAUGCUCACUAUGCCCUGCUUUGCAAUGUGUACGCUGCUGCAGGGAGAUGGGAAGAAGUUCACAGGGUGAAGGCUAUCAUGAAAGAGAGAGAUGAGAGGUUCAGCCCUGGACAUCGUCUGGUAAACUUAAAUGAGAUUGUUGAUGAAUUCAAAAUUAGGGAGAGGCAACCUGAGAAUCAGGAGAUAUAUUUCAUCCUGGACGACUUGGUCUCAAAGCUGAAGCUUGAUUGCAAAGAAAAGGAGAAAAAUGAUUUUUGAAUAAAAUAACUCAAAUACACACCUGGGGAUCAUUUUGGUGCUGCACAGGUUUCGAAUGGGCAGCUUCAGGAGGUUAAGUUAGGUUGGGUAUGAAGUGGUGCAUCUUCAGAUGUGUCAUUUGUGCAGAACCACUCUCUGAUUAUGUAGUUGCUAAAAUGCUUGGCAUCAGUAGUUGGUAGUUGCCAAAAGUGACAAUUAUGGUACGGUUGAGAUGGACAGGAAGAACGAAGAAGUAACAAGCCAUGGGAAGCAAAGAUAACCUUUCUGUUAUUGCCCUCUAACACAAACUGAACAUUCUCUAACAAGAACACAAGUAUUUUCUGCAAAAGUUUUGGUCAAUUGAUACCUCAGUCCUUUUUCUAAAUGUGUCCGACUGUCCGUGCCUUGUACUAUCUUGUGCUUGGGAUCUGGCCUUGAGAAUAAGAUUGCAUAUUUGCGUGGAGGUAAUACUUGGGUUUUGACAGUAGCUAAGUUACCCUGGUAUAUGUCUUCAGGUAUUCAGCCUGUCAGGUACAAGUAUUUCUGAAGACCAUAGAUUAACACUUGAGUUAGACAAGUUGACCACUGUCCUCGCUGGCUUUGUUACUGGGAUGGUAGAACCGCUAGUUGACAUUCUUUGGUGGCUUAUCCUUUUAUCUUCUUCCUCACAAUGUGAUCUGGGGUGUGACUGUGAGUGUGUUAUAUGCUUUGAAGCACAAGAGAGACAAGUUUGACCUCAACUCAAGGAGAGCUGGCUCUUGCUCUGCAGUUCUUGGCUUCAAUCAAUGGUGUCACAGGCUCCAAAGCCUUUGACGGAGUUACAUAUGUUCCUUGAACUCUCUGGUCGGAUUUCUGAGAUCUUUUGAGUUUAUACCCUGAGAUCUGAGAACACUGAUAACUGGCAUCAGUUGGAAAUUUGUGUUCGUGGUGUUCUUCCUCAGCUGAUGAUAUGGCAUUUAGUUACUUUUUCUAUAAGAAAAUCUGAACUACUGUGGUGUCUUCCAUUGUCAUCAGUCAUAAGAAUUUAUAUCAUUUCAUGAACUGGACAUUGUAAUACCAUCACGAAAGUUAGUGUCAUUCCAGAGAAUGGUGGGAUUCUACAGCAAACCGGGAAGUUGUUCUGUCUCAUUAGGAGAGCAACAGAGGGUUGUGAUGGCUCAUUGUUUUUCCACCAUCCUAGCUCCCAAGUGUGGUAUCAUCGACGAGUGCCUCAAUGCAGGCUGCUAGUGUUGAUGUAGAAGAACAUUCAUCAUCUGUACAGGCCUGCAACUAACUAACAUGGCACGCCCGUGGUCACUUCUUCACAACAUACCCUAUACUGUUAGUCAAAACUGUAGGCUGCUCGGAACAAACUGGCGGCGGCGGCGAUAGCGGCUGCUGCUGGUGCUGACUGCUGAACAAUCAUCAUCCC